CCCUAGUUGCCGUUUGAUGUAUGUUUUCCCUUGCUACCAGUUCUAUUUCACUUCCUUUCCGUCCAGAUCUCGAAUUGCACUGUAGAGCUUGAGCAGGUUUGGAGAUACUAUCUCCUUCUUAAAUCGAGGUACUAUUUCCCCCAUUGACUGGUUGCCGGAUCUGCUGAACGUUUGCCAGAUACUUAUCGUCGCGAUGCGCAUAUUCCUGCAGUUGCUGCUGGCAGCUCUCCCUGCCACAACAUUCGAAAGAUCCUCAAAACGAGGUCUUGUCUUCACCCCAGCGAAGCCUUUCCCUGCAGACGAUCAGUACUGGAUUCAGCCAAGUAGCGAUUUGACCUGGUAUUACAAUUACAUGGCACAGCCGUCACCUCAAUAUGCCAACAUCUCCCAAUCGAAGUUCGAAUUCAUUCCGAUGAUGUGGGGCGCACCAACAAACACCUCAGACAACACAUUUUCUGACACGGUUCAGUCCCUGAUCUUCAAUGGGAUGGAUAUACAGCAUGUUCUUACCUUCAAUGAGCCAGAUGGACCAGAGAUUGUACCUCUACAGCAAAUGGGAAUUAAGGCUGUGGCCCCAGCAGUCACACAGAGGAGCUUGCCCUGGCUGGCGAACUUCUACGGAAACUGUACGAGUUGCAAUCCAGACUUCAUCCCGCUGCACUUCUACGGUGAUUACAAGGACUUCACAACCUAUGUUGGAAGCGUGGUCUUUGCGUAUCCUAAUACACCAAUCUGGAUCACCGAGUACACCUACGAUCACCAAUCACUCCAAACCACCCAAGAUUUCUUCAAUAUUUCUGCCAAGUACCUCGAUGGCACCAGCUUUAUCGAGCGAUAUUCCUAUUUUGAGGCUUUUCGAAGUUAUGGAAGCAAUGUUGGUCUGAAUGCUGCGAUGUUAACAACGGGUGGGCUUUUGACUAGCAUCGGGAGUUGGUAUCUGGGUGGGGCUGCUACGAAUAAUAUACGGACUGGUCCAGGAUCAGCGGCAUCACAUACUGUAUCGAUGCCAGUAGUUGUGUCACUAAUUGAGUCUUAUCGAAGUUCGGAGUGUUAA